AUGUCUGAUACUUAUGUCUAUUCCGAUGCUAAAUUACACCAAAACAGGUAUCCACUGAGUAAUGGUCUAUCGAGUGGUUUCUGUCGAGAACGGAAGACGAAAUCCAAAGUUAUGAAGGAUGGUGAUACUGAAAAGGUUUCCAUGCAAUGCAGCCAAAAUUUGACAUUGAAACAAGCUAUCAAGUCCGAUUUUUUCAUCAAAUUUCCGGUUGAAAUUGAAACCACUACGGUAGCGUGCUUGAAGCUUGAAGUACCGUUCUCACAUUUAGUAAAGACAGCAACGAAUAGUUUACUAAAAACAAAUCCUUAUGAGCAACAUGAAGACUUUGCAAUUAUAAAGCCGUACGACUUAAUUAUAAUGUAUAAUCUUGAUAAUCACAUGAACUAA